AUGCUCUUGGUUUUGAACAGGAUGAUGUCUCAGCUUUCUUCUCUUUUCAUUUUGCUAAGAAAUGAUGAGAUUACAGCAAAGGAUGUCCUCAAUCAUACAGACUGGUCCUUGAUUCACAAUACCAAAUCCUUCAAGGACAUUGCCUUUCUAUGUAUUGUGACUGCUAUCAUUGCAGAGCACUCUUUCUUUCUGUGGAAACAGAAUCCUUCAAAGUCCACUGCCCCCUUUGAAUCAGCCAUGCAAAAGUUCAACUUGUCUGCUGAUGUGGCAAAAAUUAAAAUUGCCAUCAAGGCGGCCUCUCGGCUUAAAACUGAGGACCAAAAGAAACAGGCCCUUGUAAAGAUUGCUAUGGACAAUUGUCUUUCCCACCUUGCCAGAAUUUCAUAA